UCUCUUUUCGCCCAUUUUUAUCGCUUCUCCUCAAACUCCGUUGAAACUCUCUAAUCAAUCAAUCACAAUAAUCAAUAAUCAUUCUCGCCAUUUCUCUCUAUUCUCACCCCCCAAAUUACCAAAAUCAGUAGUUUUUUUUUUUUUAAUUUUUUUGGUUAAUAAUUUUAUUAAUUAUCAAAUCAUCCUUCAGAUCGAAAUCAAAUCUAAGUGUGCUCCCCCGGUCCGUACGUAACGUAUAUGGCGUGAACCCGAGUUAUGGCUAACAAAAACGCAGAAUCAUCAUCAUCAUCAUCAUCAUCAUCAUCAUCAUCAUCAUCAUCGUCCUCACAGCCUCAGGCUCAGCCAAACCAACAACAACAACAGCAGCAGCAGCAGCCUAGCGCUAAUGAACAACAAGAGCAGGAGUCUCAUGGUGACACCUGUAGCAUUCCUCAAACGCAGUCUGGGAACACAGACUCGCGUACCCGUGGUGGCAACACGGUUUUCAAGAGUGGACCGCUAUCUAUAUCAUCAAAAGGGAUUGGCUGGACAUCAUGGAAGAAACGAUGGUUUAUUUUGACGCGUACUUCACUUGUUUUCUUUCGAAGUGACCCUAGUGCAGUCCAACAGAGGGGCAGUGAGGUCAACCUGACCCUUGGGGGAAUUGAUCUCAACAAUUCAGGCAGUGUGGUUGUUAAGGCAGAUAAGAAGCUGUUGACUGUUCUCUUCCCUGACGGUCGUGAUGGACGUGCCUUUACACUUAAGGCUGACACUAUGGAGGAUCUAUAUGAGUGGAAAGCUGCUCUGGAAAAUGCUUUGACACAGGCACCAAGUGCUUCCCAUGUUAUGGGUCAAAAUGGUAUAUUCAGGAAUGAUCAUGCCGAUCCCGCUGUUGGUGCUGAUGAAAAGAAAGAUGAGACACCAACAAAAUCAACUGUCCUUGGAAGGCCAGUAUUACUUGCUUUAGAAGAUGUCGAUGGAGCUCCAUCAUUCUUGGAAAAGGCCCUUAGAUUUGUUGAAGAUCAUGGAGUCAGGAUUGAAGGAAUCUUGAGACAAGCUGCCGAUGUUGAUGAUGUUGAACACAGGAUUCGCGAAUAUGAGCAAGGAAAAAAUGAUUUCAGUCCCGAGGAGGAUGCUCAUGUUAUUGCUGAUUGCCUUAAGUAUUUUCUCAGAGAGUUGCCUUCCUCUCCGGUGCCUGCAUCUUGUUGCAACGCCCUUCUGGAAGCUUGCCGUACUGACCGUGGCAAUAGAGUCAAUGCUAUGCGGGCAGCAAUCUGUGAAUCAUUCCCUGAACCAAAUCGUCGCCUAUUGCAAAGAAUCCUGAUGAUGAUGCAGACUGUAGCCUCUAACAAAACCGUGAACCGGAUGAACACAAACGCCGUUGCAGCUUGUAUGGCACCUUUACUUCUUCGACCCCUUCUGGCUGGUGACUGUGAAAUUGAAAAUGAUUUUGAUGUCGGCGGUGAUGGUUCUAUGCAACUUCUGCAAGCAGCUGCAGCAGCGAAUCAUGCCCAGGCUAUAGUGAUAACAUUAUUAGAAGAAUAUGAAAGUAUAUUUGGAGAAGGUUCCCUGUCACCGGGCUUGUACUCUGACUCAGAAGAAAGUGGUAGUGGGACAGAGGAGGGAUCUGAUGAUGAAGAGUAUGAUGAUGAUGAUGAUUAUGAUGGCACCCAGGGAUCUGAUGACUACACAGAUGAGGAAGAGGAACUAGAAAAUGAAUCUGAUGGAUCAUACAGUGAGGGUGCCGCCUCAGACGACAAAUAUGCAGACAGCAUUGAUCCUGAUGAACAUAAGAUAAAUGAUAAUUUAAGUCCUGUAUCAAAAUCCCCGAAAGCAAGUAGGGAGCCUAAGAAGCUUUUAUCUGGCUCCAGACGAUCUUCACUACCACGACACAAUGACGGAAAAAAGGAUGAGGAAAUCGUGGCAAGAGGAGCUGAUAAUGCAGAGGUAAAGGCUGUUGUAGAGGUCUCGAAACCUGAAGAUAAGAAUUCAUCAACAUCAGAUGUGGCAUCUAGCACUCGAAAACCGUCAACAUUAUCUGAUGCACCAGGAGGAAGUAAAAGGCAUUGGGGCCGUACCCCUGGGAAGAAAAACCUGUCAAUGGAAUCUAUUGAUUUCACAGCGGAAGUGGAUGAGGACAAUGCUGACAUUGAGAGACUUGAGUCAACCAAAUUGGAGCUGCAAAACAAAAUUACAGAAGAGGUCAAAAACAAUGCAGUUCUACAGGCUAGUUUGGAGCGACGGAAGAAGGCUUUGUACGGGCGGCGCCAAGCUCUAGAGCAAGAUGUGGAAAGACUACAAGAACAGUUGCAGCAAGAGAGAGACAGGAAAUUAGCCCUGGAAACAGGACUGAACGUGUCAAAAGGGAAUCAACCUAUUCCAGAAACAAUCGAUGAAAAGGUUGCUCUUCAUCUUUGUCUAGCAACUAGUUGA